UUUUUUUUUGUUUUUUUUUUUUUAUGUGCACAACUUCGUCACUCAGAAGGGUGUUGUCUUUAAAAAAAAAAAAAAAAAAAAGACAGGCGGCGCUUUCCCUGCUGUGGAACUUCAGAGCACCUACAAGUCGUCCCAGCAGCCAACACAAUGACGGAGUCCGCUGAAGCCGUGGCCGCCGACAUAGACAGCAAGAGGAGCGUGACCAUAGAGAUCACCAAUAUGACCAACAACUACUGCCUCAUUAACCCCAGGGUGCACCUGGACAACGGGGAGGCGUACAACCCUCCUCAGCCUACGGUGCGCCCCCUGAAAACCGAAGUGUGCACCUUCACUAAAUCCAGCGGCAAAGCGACGGGCGCCGUGGGCGUGAUGACCUACGACCUUUUCGAGCGCUCUCAAAAGGACUACAUCGAAACGCUGGCGAUCAUGUUCUCGGUGCCGUGGGACUACAACUUCUACAAGAACUGGUUUGCCGUGGGCGUCUUUAAAAAGGGGCAGAAGAAGUGCGACCAGGAAUUGUUCAAGUUGAUGUACAACGAGAAGAAGCAAUCCGAGCACGGAUUCGUACGCGAGGCGUGCACCGGUACGGGUAUCAAUUACGUGGGCAAGUACCUGGACGUCAAAGCCAGCAUGGGGCCCACGGGGAAGGCCAUCAUGAAGGUGGAGGUGUGGGAUAAGAUAUUCACACCUUUGGGCCAGCAGGCCUACUAGACGCCAUACUUGCACGGUUUAGCGGAUAUAUAUAUGGCGGCCCCCCCUUCACUCUCCGGUAAAAAUCUGCUUAAGAUCACACUUUUCUGUGUUUAUACAUGCAGGCACCAAUCCUCGGUUCAAAGCCGGUCUUGUUCAAUAGCGUCCCGUUCUUUAGAAAUGGAAAUGAAAGGCUGACUCACCGGCAAGAUGAGGGCAGAUUGUUUAAUAGAAGCUUGUGUUGUAUUUUACCUUGACACCGUACCCGCAGGAAAGCAAGAAUAAACGUCUUUUGAACAAG